UUGGGGGCCGAAGAGGCGACUGCACAAAGAAGACGCGUGACUCUCAUGCUGUAUGUACGCGGGGAGGCGCAAACAGUCGGCGCUGAGUUGGAAAAACUUGGGUUUUUAAACAAGGCGUGCGACUGCUAGCCCAACUAUUAAUUUUUUUUGUCCCACAUAUAUUCUUUUAAGAUUUUGUACCACACAAAAUGAAGAUAACUAGACAGAAACACGCCAAGAGGAACAUCAGCUUCUAUAAGUAUAACUUUAAUUUCCGGGAACCAUAUCAAAUUUUGGUCGAUGGCACGUUCUGUCAAGCAGCGCUUAAGAAUAAAAUCCAAAUCAAGGAACAAAUGCCGAAAUAUUUCAUGGGGGAAGUGCAGCUGUGCACGACAAAUUGUGUGUUGAAAGAGCUGGAAGCACUAGGAAAGGAGCUGUAUGGUGCAAAAAUCAUUUUGCAGAGGUUCAAGGUUCGGAACUGUCCUCAUUACAAAAGCCCAGUCAGCGCUUCCCAGUGUCUGCAGUCCAUGAUUGACGGUCAUAACCCUCAUCAUUAUUUUGUGGCUACACAAGACCAAGAGCUUACUGCUUUCAUAAAGAGGACACCUGGAGUUCCCCUGAUUUUCAUCAUUCAAAAUACAAUCGUGUUGGAUAAACCCUCUUCAGCUUCAGUUGCUCACAUCCAGGCCCUGCAGGCUGGUCAACUGGUAACCAUUCAGCAACAGCAAAGUAUUGACACCCUGAAACAAGAGCAGGGACUGGUAAAAUCAGUCUCCAGAGGUAAGAAACGCAAGAGGAAAGGUGGCCCUAACCCACUGAGCUGUCUGAAAAAGAAAAAAAAGGCAACCCCGGCAUUGCAACCAAAACCAGGCGAGAAGAAGAAGAGGAGCCGGCACAGAAGACACAAAUCCGGGGCACCAACACUGCAGCAAAGUGACAACCAAAAUGUUGAGGUUUAAUAGUACACAGAUUGUCCAUUGUUGAAAAGAAUUGAGGACUAUCAGUUUCAUGACAGCGUAUCUAAAGGUCAGUUGGUUGUGUAGAAACACCACACUGUUUAGACAUGGUUGAAACGAGGCAGUCAUUAUAGUGAAAACAAAGUAAAUUGGCACAAACAACCCAAUGUGCUUUGCACAGUCAAGAUUCACUACAACCUCAUUUGCAUAGAUGAGAAGUGCAUCAUUACAACCACUCGGGUUAUACACAACUCAUGUAACGGAACAAUCUGAAGGGCGUCAUCUGUAAUACUGUCUGCCAAUUAACUUUCAUCAAAAUGCCAAGAUAAUCGUUUUUUUGAUGCCUAACGGCAUUAGAAGGUCAAAGAAUCUGCUUUUGAAUUCAAGUAAUCUGUUAAGUGAGGCCCAAAGACUUGCUGAAGUUAAAGAUUUCAGGUGGCAUUUGUUAAAUGCACAGAAUUGUAAAGGUAAAUGAAGAAUUUGUUUUCCUUUAAUAAAUGUAACUUUAUUUCAAAAUCUUGUUUUAUGUCGCUGU